AUGUUGAAGAAGUUGAAAGUGACCAUGCUGUUUCACGAGGUAGUUCUCCAAAUCCCGUCCUAUACAAAAUUUUUGAAGGACAUCCUUACGAAGAAGAUGGCGGUUGAGAAGGUGACAGUGGCAUUGAGCACGGAACCGCAUUUGGUGGAGUCUUCCUUCUACCUAGACUUGAUCGACACAUUGGUCGACGAAGUGAGGGAUGAGUUCAGAGACUCAGAUCCCCUUGAGAUGGCAUUGAACGCGUUCAUCAACCGCACCAUAGAAGCGCUUUUGAAGAAGUAUGGUGUGAGACAUAAGGUGGCUACCCCGUAUCACCCUCAGACAAGCGGACAAGUUGAAGUCUCUAAUAGGGAGAUCAAGGCGAUACUUGAGAAGACGGUGUCAAGGUCGAGGAAGGAUUGGGCAUCCAAGCUUGAUGACGCUCUAUGGGCGUAUAGGACAGCCUUCAAGACACCCAUCGGUAUGUCUCCCUUUCAACUUGUCUAUGGGAAAGCUUGUCACUUGCCGGUUGAGCUUGAGUAUAGGGCAUAUUGGGCGAUCAAGAAGCUGAACUACGAUUGGAAAUCCGCUGCGGAGAAGCGAGUGUUGCAGCUUCACCAACUCGAUGAGAUUCGGUUGGACGCCUAUGAGAAUGCCCGAAUUUACAAGGAGAGAACAAAGAGAUGGCACGAUCGUCGGAUUUUGCAAAGAGAAUUCAGAGAGGGCGAUCAAGUACUUCUCUUUAACUCAAGGCUCAAACUUUUUCCAGGCAAGUUGAGAUCGCGUUGGUCAGGGCCUUUCACGGUUAAGCACGUUUACCCUCACGGAGCAAUAGAGCUAUAUGGCUAUGGAGGGGAUACAUUCAAGGCCAACGCGCAGAGGUUGAAGAUUUACAACCCCGGGGAACACGACAAAGAGAGGAGCUCGAUGAGCUUCUCUGAUCCUCAAGACGAAUGA